GACUUAGAGAGGGAGGGAUUUGAUAGCGUAAAUUAUGUGAACAGUAAUGAGAUUGAAUGACAAACAGGAUUUGACACUGGAGAGUACAUGAACCAGGGCACACGGACAUUUAUUCACAUGCAACAGAGAGUACGGGCGGUCGGGUUAAACACUAGUAUUGGCUUGUUUCAUCAUCGUUAGAGGUUUGCCCGUGUUUGCUUUUUUCCACAAAAUACGUGAUGGAUCCCUGGCAAUGUUUACUGUUACGAGUAGCUAUAUUUGUCAUCGGUGCAGGCCGUUCUUCGUUUACAAGUCCCUUGGGCGCAAACAGGUUUUCAGACACUUCCAUUAUCUCUCAAUCAGAAGAGCUUGGGGAGGAUUUUACUGUCAUGGACUGGAUUAACGAAGCAAACAAACCCUACAAUAUCGGACACGAAGGAGAUAUAGUUUUGACGGAGAGAGACUGGAACGUUUACGAGAAGGCACGUUUCAAAAGAAAUGCAGUGCGUCAGAGGAAAAAGAUUUGGCCCAACCGCAUUAUUCCAUAUGAGAUCGAAAAUGGACUAGACGCAUACAAGAAGAACAUCAUGUCUGCGAUUGAAGAGUUUCACAAAUACACCUGUAUCACUUUUAAAGAGAGGAAAAACGAGAGGAACUGGAUAAAAUUUAGCAAAGGAAAAGGAUGUUGGUCUUACAUUGGCCGAUUGUACUGGUUCAAGGGUCCUCAAAGUCUGUCGCUGGGGGCUAGAUGUAACAACAAAGGAAUAAUUAUGCAUGAGUUGAUGCAUGCAAUUGGGUUUUGGCACGAGCAGUCGAGGCCUGACCGAGAUGAGUACGUGGAAAUCAUCUGGGAGAAUAUUAAGAAGGGGAUGGAAAAUCAAUUUAACAAGUACAAACAUUCCAAAGUAGACAGUAUGGACUUUGAUUAUGACUACAAUAGCUUGAUGCAUUACAGUAAACGAACGUUCUCAAGAAAUGGUAAACCAACCGUGCGCGCUCUAAACAACCCUUACAUGUCUUUGGGACGCUCAGUCGGCUUCAGUUAUCUGGAUAUCAAGAAAUUAAACGCCCUAUAUGACUGCAAAAAUAAGGACAAAGUAGGCUGGAGCGAGUGGUCAGCGUACACCCCCUGUAACAGCAGGUGCAUGAAGUACCGCCAGCGGGUUUGCUUUUCGUCCCGGUCGCACUGUCCUGGGGCCGAUUCUCAUGGAAUAAAAACUGACCGGAGGAAGUGUACCAAAGAGGAAUGUUAUGCGCCUGUCAAGGGAAACUGGGGUCAAUGGGGUGUGUGGAGCGCUUGUGAUAAAUCAUGUGGUUACGGCAAACGGAAGAGAACAAGAUCAUGCAACGACCCGGCACCUAAAUAUGGCGGGAAAACGUGCGUGGGAGCAAACACACAAAUGCGCACGUGCAACAUGAAGGCGUGUCCUGACAAUUCAAACGCUUGUGAUUUCGAUAAAGACUAUUGUAAUUGGACAAACGUCUGGAGCACGUCACCAUCUUUUAAGUGGUAUCGUCACAAAGGUCCUACCCCGAGUAGGAACACAGGACCAGGAGGAGAUCAUGGCACAGGCAAUGGCUAUUACCUCUACCUAGAAUCCUCUUAUCCCGCGCGGUUUGGUUUCAAGUCUCAGCUAAUGAGCCACUCGCUCAAUCCCUCGGAGGACUGGUGCGUAAGCUGGUGGUACAGUAUGAAUGGUCGGACUGUGGGCCAUCUUAGCGUUUACCUGAUAAACACUGAGUUGGGAACCAAAACGAAACUGUGGUCCAAAUCAGGGGAACAGGGAAAGCGGUGGAAACAAGGGUUCUCUUCACUGAAAUCUGACUCGCAUUUUAGGAUCAUGUUUGAAGGUACACGAGGUCGAGGCUACACGGGAGAUAUAGCAUUAGAUGACGUGCAGUUUAGGAAAGGAUCUUGUCAACUUAACGGAUUUGUAAAAUACUAAAACAAUGGAAAUGUAUAUAUUUGGGUGAAAAACUGUACUCGAUGGUCUUGAGUGUGGCCCGCGGCCGAAUGCCAUACUCAAGACCAAGGGCACCGUUUUUUUUUCCAUGCAGAUCAGUUUAGACCACUAAAUAAUCUAUUUAAUUUUUUUGCUGGUUUGUUUUUACCACUUUGUCGGGAAUGGCGUGAAAAAUUCCGUAAAAAGCUGGACCGGUUACGAGUGCGCGAUUAGCCGAUCAGAUUCAUGGAUUGAAAUUCCUGCCCUCUGAUAUACAUCAGAAAAAAAAAUUUUGUCAUUUCUCAGACGCUUAUGUAGGUUAUGAUGUGUCAGGCAUAUAGUUUUUCUUACAGAAAUGAUAUAAAAAAGCCCGAAAGCUCACAGAAAUUAAAGAAAGUUUAAAAGACUUUACUACAGUGAUAGAAAAAUAGAUUUUAUUAGGUACGGUGUACUAAAAUUUUACACACAUCUUCAGUUGUCGUAGAAACUUUGAAACUUUCUACUCCUUAUAAAAAAAAAAAAAA